GCCAGCCACCACACUCUCUCUCUACCACUUUUGAACCCUCUUGUCUCAACAUAUGCUCCUAAAAUCUUCAUCGGAGCUCCUCAGUGGGUGGAGAGAGAAACUUAACUGAAAUUUUUUUGUUGACAUCUGAGUCACAAAACUUUGGGACCUUGGAAAGACCAAAAAGGGCAGGCCUUCAACUAUGACCUCCACGAAGCUCGUCUCAGUUUCAACACUCUAGCUUCGCCGAUUCCCUUGGAUGUAUGUUUUCUGCCGGAGUUUUUUAUUGCGUCUAUUGGGUUUACUGCAAGGGAAACAUGCUAAAUUUGGGGUAGGAAGAAGAAUAUUUGAUUACUUUCAGGCUCAUCGGUAAAAGAAAAGGUUGUCUUUUUUUCUUUUUCUUUUUUCUUUUUCUAAUUCUUGCUGUGGACGAGAAAGUAAAAUUAUGAUGAUAAAUUUGGGAGUGGGUGAUUAGCUUUGAGAGGAAUUGCGAUUUGUUUUGAUCCAUUGGAGUUGUUGUUGUCCAUAUAGGAGGGCAUGUUCAGGGGAAGCUGGGUUUAUUGGAAUUAAAACAUAGUAUUUUUUGUGUAGUUAACAAUUGAAAUGAGGAAUUCGGGUAUAGUUUAAGGUUGCAGCAUGAGUUACAGCGACAGGAACAGAGGAGCAAAAGAGAGGGAAUGUGAAGAGUCAGUCUUGCAGAAUUCCGGGGAAUUAGAGUCCAAAUCGGUUGGGCAGAAUGGAUCGAUUACAAGCCCACAGCUAUCGAUCGAUGAGAAUCUUCUGGUUGACCCUACACAACUCUUCAUUGGUUCAAAAAUCGGUGAAGGAGCUCAUGGGAAAGUUUAUGAAGGAAGGUAUGGAGAUCAAAUUGUUGCAAUUAAGGUUCUACAUCGUGGGAGCACUUCAGAAGAAAGAGCGGCCCUUGAAAAUCGUUUUGCUAGGGAGGUUAAUAUGAUGUCCCGUGUCCAUCAUGAGAAUCUGGUUAAGUUUAUUGGAGCUUGCAAGGAUCCUCUGAUGGUUAUAGUCACAGAGCUGUUACCAGGGAUGUCGCUGAGGAAAUAUUUGACUAGUAUACGCCCUGGACUAUUAGACUGUCAGGUGGCUAUAAAUUUUGCCCUUGAUGUUGCUCGGGCCAUGGAUUGCCUACAUGCUAAUGGGAUCAUACAUAGAGAUUUGAAACCUGACAAUCUGUUGCUUACGGCAAAUCAGAAGUCUGUAAAACUUGCAGAUUUUGGUCUUGCAAGAGAAGAAUCUGUCACUGAAAUGAUGACUGCAGAAACUGGAACUUACCGUUGGAUGGCACCAGAGCUGUACAGUACCGUGACAUUGCGUCAAGGAGAGAAAAAGCACUACAACAACAAGGUUGAUGUGUACAGCUUUGGAAUUGUUUUGUGGGAACUUUUAACGAAUCGCAUGCCUUUUGAAGGGAUGUCUAAUUUACAAGCUGCUUACGCUGCGGCUUUUAAGCAUGAGAGGCCAAGCCUUCCAGAAGACAUACCUCCUGAUCUUGCCUUUAUAAUACAAUCAUGCUGGGUUGAGGAUCCAAACUUGAGGCCAAGCUUUAGUCAGAUCAUCCGUAUGCUUAACCCCUUUCUCUUCACUUUGUCACCUGCACCGCCCUCCCCUUGUUUGCAGGAACCUGAAAAUGUUGAACCUGAAGCUGCAGCAACUACAAGCAACGGUGCGAUAACCGAGUUUUCUGCCCGAAACAGAGGGAAGUUUGGAUUUCUUCGCCAUUUGUUCACUUCCAAAAGGACCAAAAACUAACAGUGAGUAGUAGAUUUUUGGACAGCCCCUUUUUGUUGUAGAUGAGAAUGAGUUUGCCAUGAUGAAGUACAUAAUUAUAAUUCAUUUACGAGUAAUCGUGGGUGGAUUGAAGACAACAAGUAGAUGGAAUGAUGAAACAAGUUCUACAGAAGAAUAGAAUGAUAUUAAUAUACUCUUUUUUCUCCCUUUUUUGGAAAGAGCAAGGAAAAGGUAGGACUGUUGAAAUCAUCUAGUUGUUCUUGUUGUAAAGGAACACGUGGUUAUUGGUUUAGACACCUUUCUGAUGA